GCUUCCACCCCUUCUGAGUACCUGGCUGGGAGUGCGCUCCAAGCAGGCAAGGAGGCCAAGGCCUGGCUUAACCUCCAAAAGACCGGAUACCCCACGGGCUUUGAACCCUCGACUAUGGAGGGAAAGAGAGCCAUGACUGUAUAUAAUUCUGUCCUCAAACUCACCCAUAACAGAGAGCAGUGUCUCCCAAUGUCCCUCCUGGCCCAGCUCAGCCAGCAUCACUGAGCAGCUCUCUCCCUCCCCACUGCUAGCUGCUCCAGGGGCAGCAGGGGAGGCGCGUGACAGAGCAACCCUGAGAGGCCAACUCGUGGAACCAUAACUGGGAUUCCCGCUCGCGCCCUCAGGUCUCCCUCCCUUUUCCAGCGUCAAGCUCUCUGGGCAGCUGAAGGGUUCAGUGACUUGGGUGGGUGGGGAGAAUGGGGGGCACCUAAGGCUGGGUUUUUACCCCUUGCUGCUACCUGGAUCUCCCAGCUGAAAUCCUAGUUAUUAGUGGCCCAGGAGAGGAGAAAGUUGGAAGAGGCUACGGAACAGGGUUCCGGGAGUGUAUGAGCUCAACCCCUCUCCCGGGAGAGCGACCCCACCACCGCAGGCCCUAAUCCUCUGUCAGCAGUGCCCAGCGGAGCUCGGCGUUGAAGGAGGCACGUGGGGGAGGCGGGAGUGGGGAGCGGGCACGUGGUCCAGCCUUCUCAGCCCCGUGCUGCCCCCCGCCCCCAGUGAGGAGGGGUUUGGGGAGGUGGGGGCGGGCCCGGGCGGGGGCGGGCGGCGGGCGGCGCCAAGCGUGGGGCGCGGGCCGGCGGCGGGAGCUGUCCGCGAAACCUAGUGCUGAAGUAGGCGCGGACGUGCCCGGUGCCUGGCGCGUGGUAGCAGGCGCCCAGUGCCCUGGCCGGCGAAGACCAUGGCGUUCAUGGUGAAGACCAUGGUGGGCGGCCAGCUGAAGAACCUCACUGGGAGCCUGGGAGGCGGCGAGGACAAGGGAGAUGGGGACAAGUCGGCAGCCGAAGCUCAGGGCAUGAGCCGGGAGGAGUACGAGGAGUAUCAGAAGCAACUGGUGGAAGAGAAGAUGGAGCGGGAUGCACAGUUCACACAGAGGAAGGCAGAGCGGGCCACACUGCGGAGCCACUUCAGAGACAAAUACCGGCUACCCAAGAACGAGACAGAUGAGAGCCAGAUCCAGAUGGCAGGUGGAGACGUGGAGCUGCCCCGGGAGCUGGCCAAGAUGAUCGAGGAGGACACAGAGGAGGAGGAGGAGAAGGCCUCAGUCCUUGGGCAGCUGGCCAGCCUUCCUGGCUUGGACCUGGGCUCACUCAAGGACAAGGCCCAGGCCACACUGGGGGAUCUCAAGCAAUCAGCUGAGAAGUGUCACGUCAUGUGACCACUUCCCCGGGGUUACCCACUGGGCUGGGCCCCCAUGAGGGCUAAGAGUGUGUCAACUUCCAGGGACCCAUACUCCAUUUGGGGCUUUGUUUUCCUUGCCCCAUCCUAGUUCCAAGACCUUUCCCAUCCAUGCCCCAAGCCUAUCUUCUGGUUUCUUCCUCUCUGCUGGGAGUAAAGUCCCCAUCUUCACUCUACCCUUCAGGACCCUCCCCACCAGCUCAGCCUGUGGAGGCCUCCCAAGAUUGUAGGAAUAGGCCCAUCCCUCUCUGGCCAUGGCCCCAAGUUCCUGCACACAGGAGCACCCACAGAGAGACACACACAGGACACAAAACCCCUGGCACGUUCAGAGACAGAAGCCAGCACAGACAGACACGCACGCACAGGCCAGCUCCCUUGCGUGUCCAGCCCCUCCAGACACCACCACUCAGAAACUCUGAGAGAGAGCGUGGGCAGACACCCUCAGCAGACAGGAGGCCUGAGUUCCAGUCUCCACCUUUAUUGUUCUUGAAAGCCCCUGCUCUCUCUGAGCCUUAUUUCAUCAUCUGUAAAAUGGGAAUGGCCUGAAUGACUUCUAAGGCUCUUUCUGGCUUGACCUCUCAGAGCCAAGCCCACAUCCCUCCUUGGGCAGGGCAGCAGCUGCUGCCACAGCCUCCAGCAGCUGCCACUGUGGGCUCUGGGAGCCGGAGCGAUGCUGUGUGAGAGGCAGAGUGCCAAGGAUGAAGCUGGCACUGAACAGUAAGCGGCUCCAGGCCUCCUCUGGGCCCAGGGCCCAGCCAAUUUCUGUUCUGUUCCUGUAGAACGCUCUCUGGAUUCCAUAGCUGGAAUCUCCUCUCUUAGCUCAGUGAAAAAUAAAAAUCCCAAAUGGUGUGCCUACCUUCCCACUUCUUACUGGCUUCCAGGAGUCUUGGAGUGCAUAGCCCCCCGAGCCUGCCUUAAAGGGGUGUCCUCCACCCCCCACCUACAGCUUCACAGGAGGGGAGGAGGCAUCCAGUGCUAGGAGUGGAAGUGUCUCCAGCUCUGUUCUCUUGGGGCCCUGGGUGAAGGUGGGGUCUGGGGCCUAUGAAAUAGGUCUGGGCUUUGAGGACGAUGGAGCAGCCUCAUUAUGUGGGGAAGAUGGGGCCUCUGGGGCGUCACUGAGACCACAGGUGGGGCCGGGGCUGGACCGCAGCUGUCUUGGGUGCCUGUGCCUACACCCCUCCUCACCCUAGAGAUGGAAGAUGUGCAAAAAGAAAGAAGGUAGGGCAACUGCAUUCCAGCCCCACACUGUGAUGACUUUGAGCCUGUCCCUUCCCUCCUUGAGCCUGUCUUGCUUGUCCCCUGUAAAAUGAACAGUCCCCCUCUCCCCCAAAUAGUAAUAAUACAUGUUUCAAAGGGUGACCAUUUAUAAAGCAUAUGACAAACCAUAUCAAUAAAUGUAACUCAUUCUUUUAAAAAAA